AUGAAAAACUUUUUGAAACAGAAAUUGGAUAUGACGUUAUUAUCCAUGCUGGAGAGGGACAAAAUAGAAAAGAAAUUCAUGCUCAUUCAAAUAUUUUGUGUAUUAGGUCUCAAUAUUUCCGUUCUGCAUUUUCUAAUGAAUGGGCUGAGAAAAGAGAUGGAAAAUUUAUUUUUAAAAAACCAAAUAUUUCACCCCAAUUAUUUAAUAUUAUUC